AUGGGCAAGCGCAGGAGAAAGACCAGGACCCACCUCAAGGGCGUGCAGCCCGGAGAGGAGGAGGCAAAGGCCCCCAAGUCAUUCGUCAUCAAGUCUGGGCGAGUGACAAAAUCAGUAGAGUCGCUAGUAUCCGACAUGCGCCAGCUCAUGGAACCCAACACUGCUACCCGUCUCAAGGAGAGGCCCGGUGCUCGCCUCCGCGACUACCUCACCAUUGCGCCUACUCUUUCCGUCACUCACCUGAUGGCGUUCACGCUCACCGACGCCGCCAACGUUCACCUCCGUGUCGCUCGUCUUCCCCAGGGCCCCACGCUCACUUUCCGUGUCGAGCGCUACUCCCUCAUGCGUGACCUCGCGAACGCUCGUAGCGCGAUGCGCAACAUUGCCAAGAGCCCCGGUGGCGAGUACCGCAACCCUCCCCUUCUGGUCCUCAACAACUUCCAGCAGCCAGCCGACGGCCCCGCUCUGCCCCAGCUCAAGCUGAUGAGCACCAUGUUCCAGGGCCUGUUCCCGCCCAUCCAGGUUGAGAAGUCGGCCCUGCCGACGUUCCGUCGCGUGCUCCUCAUCUCGUACAACCACGGCACGGGUCUCAUCUCGAUGCGUCAUUUCACCAUUUCGGUUCGCCCGCAGGGUGUGUCGCGUCGUGUCCGCAAGCUCCUCAACCCCAGCAGCGGCGGCACGUCGCGACGCGCGCCCAACCUCUCCAACGCCGACGACAUUGCUGACUACCUCAUCCGCCGCACCAGCACCCCCGGCUCUGAGGCUGGGUCGGGCUACGACAGCAUGAGCGAGAGCGAGGCGUCCGAGGCCGAGUCGGACUCGAACGCCGUCGAGCUGCCCGAGGACUAUGUGGGCCGUGGCAACAAGAAGGGCGAGCGCAAGGCCGUGCGUCUCCUGGAGACGGGCCCCCGUCUCGAGCUCAAGCUCAUCAAGGUUGUCGAGGGUCUUGUCGGCUCCAAGCGCGGCGAGGGCCAGACGGUCUUCCACGAGUUCGAGUCGCGUACCAAGUCGCAAGCGUCGGCAUUGCAAAAGUCCCACGACCAGAGGAAGAAGCUCAAGGACGCCCGUCGUGCCGAGCAGGCUGCGAACGUUGCUCGCAAAAAGGCCGAGAAGGACGCCAAGAAGAAGAAGGGCGUCAAGGUCGAGGGCGACGACGAGGACGAGGACGAGGACGACGAGGACCGCUCGGACCUCGACGUCGACGGUCUCUCGGAUGUCGACUCGGACGUGGACCCGGAGGAGGCCCUCGAGCGCCGUCGCGCCAAGAAGGCCGCUGCUGCCGACGAGGAGAGCGACGACGACGACGACGAGUUCGACUACGAGGACCGCAUGGCAGAGGACGACGACGAUGACUGGGACAUGGACGCGCCUGCUGGCGAUGUGCCUUCGGCGGGCGAGGAGAGCGACAGUGAGAGCGACGACGACGCGCCCCCUCCGCCGCCCAAGAAGCCGGCUGGCAAGCGUUAA